AUGGGCCUUUUUGUCAUUUCCCUUGCCGUCGCCCUCAUUUCACUUCCCGUCGCCCUCAUUUCCCUUCCCGUCGCCCUCAUUUCCCUUCUCGUUGCCCUCGUUUCCCUUCUCGUCGCACUCAUUUCCCUACCCGUCGCACUUAUUUCCCUUCCCGUUGCCCUCAUUUCCUUUCCCGUCGCCCUCAUUUCCCUUCCCGUCGCCCUCAUUUCCCUUCCUGUCGCCCUCAUUUCCCUUAACCGCCCUUCCUCUCAUCCUCCCUUCAUCUCAUCAUCCCUUCAUCUCAUCCUCCCUUCCUCAAAUCUGCCCUUCCUCGUCCUCCCUUCCUCACAUCCUCCCUUCCUCUCAUCCGGCCUUCUCUCAUCCUCUCGCCCUCUCAUCCGCCCUUCCUCACGUCCUCCCUUCCUCUCGUCCUCCCUCCCCUUCUUCUGCCCUCCCUCUGAUCCGCCCUUCCUCUCAUCUGCCCAUCCUCUCAUCCACCCAUCCUCUCAUCCUCCCUUCAACUCAUCCUCCCUUCCUCUUAUCCGCCCUUCUUCUCAUCCUCCUUUCCUCUCAUCCUACCUUCAUCUCAUCCUCCUUCUCUCAUCCUCUCUCCCUCUCAUCCUCUCUCCCUCUCAUCCGCCCUUCCUCUCGUCCUCCCUUCCUCUCACCCUCCCUUCCUCUCAUCCUCCCUUCCUCUUAUCCGCCCUUCCUCUCAUCCUCCCUUCCUCUCAUCCUCCUUUCCUCUCAUCCUCCCUUCCUCUCAUCCGCCCUUCCUCUCAUCCGCCCUUCUCUCUCAUCCUCUCUCCUUCUCAUCCUCUCUCCCUCUCAUCCGCCCUUCCUCUUGUCCUCCCUUCCUCUCGUCCUCCCUCCCAUUCUUCCGCCCUCCCCCUCAUCCGCCCUUCCUCUCAUCCACCCUUCCUCUCGUCCACCCUUCCUCUCAUCCUCCCUCCCCCUCAUCCGCCCUUCCUCUCAUCCUCACUUCAUCUCAUCCUCCCUUCCUCUUAUCCGCCCUUCCUCUCAUCCUUGGUUGAGUGA